GUCCACAGUCUGCAGGUGAACCGAGAGACUGCCGUGUGACCUCUGUGCGGAUUUGGUAGUGUUUGUCCGUGUUUGUCUCUGAAAUGUCUCAGGACUGGACAUGGUGCAGCUCAAAGACUGUCUACUGCUGCUUCUCCUCCUCACAGAUACAUCACUGGUCCUACUCUCUGAAAUAUGCAAUGGACACAUGGACUUGUCCCAGAAGCCUAUGGGACAUUUGACUUUCAAUCCAAAGCAGGGGACAGACCAAACCAAGAGGACACUUGUGGUUUGCACUCGGACUUUGGAGAUCCCAGCACGUCAUACAGUACUACUAAAGUUAGUGUGGCUGGAGAGGGCGUCAAACAUGUCCCUGUUGUGCGUUUGGGGCACAAAGGAGUGGACACUGGCUGUGGGGGACAUUGCCCUGCUUUCUGGAUGUGACCAAAACAAAGCCAAUCUCACUUGGACCGGUGCAGGGCAUUCCUCAAAUGCUUUCCAGCUCUUCUACAAUGUUCAGGAGGACGAGAAAAGCUCCACAGAGACCUACACCAACCCAGACUCACACCCCAACAUCUUCACCUCUUCUCCAGACACCACCACUGAUCAUAGUCCUUUUUCUGAGAGUGCGGAUCUUUCAGGGAAUUCAACCCGCAACUCUGGGCUGAUACAGCCCACCACCACCUCCCCCUCCAUCUCUGGAAGCACUGGCAGGGAAGCUUCUAUAUUUCCUGGGGAAGAAUGGAACAAUGGACCGGAUACAUCUGGAGCGACACGGCGCACUGAUAGUCCUGGUACACUGGACUAUUUUAACACACAACAUUCAGUUCGAAGUUUGGAUUUUAUGACAUCUCAAAAUGCAAAUUUACAAACUUUCUCGGGAUCAAAUGAAGCAACAACUAACAGCGAAACAUCUAUAAGCACUGGAUUCUACACAACUAGUUUACCUACGUCAAGUAUCGUACCACAGUCAACCGAGUUACCACAAAAUAAAAUUCAUAAUUUGACUGAAAAUUGGCAAAGUGUUGGUACACUGGCCGCUAAAAGUUUGAGAACACAUUAUAAAGAGCUAAUCAAAACUAGCCACAGCCAUUUUGAAUACUUGGCCAGAACUAGCAGUUCGGUGGAAAAAAAAAUAGCAAUUGGGUCAACUGAGAUGACACAUAUUACAACAAAAAGUGAUGCGGAAUUUAAAGACGUAACUCCGAGCACGCAACAUGUUAGCCAUCAAGAAACGGGUCUGAGUACAUCCAUGAACUUUAACCCUUUGCACUCCACACAGGAAAGUACUGAAAGCACUGAAAAAACACAAACGACCUCUCUAGGAACGUCAUCCACUAGCCUUGUGCCAGAUUUGGACAUCGAAAAACACACUACGUCAACAUCUUGGACUAACUCUUUAAAUUCAACCACUCAUCCAGAAUUUGGAGAAAGUGGCAAAGACGAGGCAAAAACAACAGAAAGAAAUGAUCUGUUCCCCACAAAUUCUUAUUCCCCACAACCUCUCACAACAAGCACUGAACUUAAACAUAUGUCUACUGAGUCAAUGUCAACUCUGUCACCAGGAACUCUAGCUAAUCAGCACAGCAGUACAAUGCAUUACAAUGUCAGAUCAGCUACAGACUUGUCAACUCCACCUCUCAAUACAAUAUUUGUACAACAAACAUUCAAAAAUACAGCAAUAAAUGAUGAAAUAUUACCAAAAACGGUAUCUUCUAGAUAUACAACACUUAGGAGGGACACAGCAUCAACAAUAUUACAAGAAACGCAAAACCCUCACAAGUUAUCAGUAAGUACCAGUAACUAUCAAAUUUCAUAUACAUCAACGCUUGCUAGAAAAAAAGAAGAAAAACAGAAAAGGGCUUCAACCACAGUAGUGCCACAGUAUAUGACCUCCUGGACCCCUGAACCUGUCAACCGUGUCGCCGCUUUCACACAGACCUAUUUAAGCUCUGCAGGAAUCGUAAGCUCCACAGUCCAGCACAUACCCAAGUUCUUCAUAGUCCCAGAUGAGCCAGCGAUCAUAAGAGUGGAGUCCAUUGAGUUGCUAUUGCAGAUCGCAGUAGAAGAAUCACAUCCUAAUUUAACUGAAGGUUUGGAGGAGGACACAACUCUCUGGUUGGAGCCAUAUCUCCAGAGGGCCCCAGGGUUCCAGGAGCUGCUUGGAGUGUGGAGCAGUGGUGCAGCCGUGCAGUGCCUGCUGGAGUUCAACACCAGGGGAGCUCUACAGUGGCUGCCCCAAACAGGAGCCUCCUCUCUGCUGGACAGAACCGGGCUGAGGCAGGCUGUGAGGGAUGGCCGAAGCUUCAGAUCCGCUAGAAUUGCUAACAUCACACUUGGAGGUGUCCAGGAGGUGUGUGGCUGGCUGCUGCAGUGUCCCUCAGGAUUCACAUGUGUGUUUGAUUCUCUCACCUCCAACUUCAGCUGUACGUCUCUGUGCCACUCCGACUACUGCCAGCACCACGGCCUGUGCACACACCACCCAGGCCAGCCCCCACUGUGCCGGUGUGUGGCGGGGCAGGACUUCUGGUUCAUGGGACCGAGAUGUGAGGUGCGGAUGACCCGAGCCCGCCUGGCCCUCUCCUGCCUGGGUGUGCUGCUGCUGCUGCUGGCACUGGUGGCUGUGGUGGUGGGGAUGGUAGUGAGGAGGUACAGAGCUCUCCUCAUUCAGGCCAAAGUGGACCAGACCAGAAGCAGUUACCGCAGGUUUAACCACUUUGACGAGCUGUCCGGGCACUUCUGGCUGCGUUCACGGGCGGGGUCAGCGGACUCCCUGGAUAACCCCGCCUUCACCCGCUCCACCGAGAUCCUCCACUUAAGGGCACUGGAGAGGCCUUGCUGUUACCAUGACGACAGCCUGUCCCUGCCCUCCACCUGCCCCAGCCCGGGGACUCACAUCCGUACUAUCUACCCACACAGUUCCCAGUAUGGUUGGAGGGGCAGUGACCUGAGCCUGGCUGAUGGUGUGGUAGACUCAGGGAAGGCUAGUGACCUGUCUGUGUGCAGCUGGCCCGUGGAGCCCAUCCAGUGGAGCCCUUUCCCCUUGCUGCAGCAGCUCUCCAGGCAGCAGGCCCCAGUGGUGAGGGUGUCACGGCCGCGCUCCUACUGUGACGGCAUGGAGCUGGUGGAAAUAAACAAAAGCUGGACAGCGUAACCUCUCCUACACCUGUGCUACUCCUCUGCUAUUCCUGCGCUUCUCCUGUGCA